CGAAUGACAUGCGUCCGUCGCCAUUUCACUAAAACGUUCGUCAUCGCCCGGCGUUCUAGAACAUUAUUGGAGUUAGCGGAACGGCCCAUGAUAUAAUUGACAAUGCUUCUACUCAUAUUGUUUCCAUUAUUUCAUUUUUUACAUGGUUUGGACGUGUCUAAUUUGGUUCCAAAAGUUUCUGUUGAUACUUCACCAUGUAAAAGUUGUAAAGUAUUAGUUACAUCUUUUGAAAAGGGGCUUGAAAGAACUAAAAAUAAUUUUUUUGGCGGUGGAAAUACAGCAUGGGAAGAAAAAAAUCUUUUAAAUUAUGCAGAUAGUGAAGUUAGAUUUGUAGAAAUUUAUGAUACACUGUGUUCUGAAACUACUCAAAAUCAAGACAUGUGUUUUCAUUUGUCAAGUGAAUAUGAACAUCAUCUAAAAGAAUGGUGGACCAAUGGUCGCCAAGAAGAAUUAUAUCAAUGGUUUUGUGUAGACAAAUUAAAAGUAUGUUGUCCAUCUAAACAUUAUGGACCUGAUUGUUUACCAUGUAAAGGUUAUCCUAAUGUUUGCAAUUUACAUGGCAGUUGUAAGGGUGAUGGAACUCGAAAGGGUAAUGGGUUAUGCAAAUGUAAUACUGGUUAUAGUGGAGACAAUUGUGAUCGAUGUGCAAAAAAUUAUUUUACUACAGUAAAUAAUGAUACUCUAAUCUGUCGAAAAUGCCAUAAAUCAUGUAAAGACGGCUGUAUAGAAUCCGGACCAAAAGGGUGUAAUGAUUGUAAAGAUGGAUGGGUUUACAUGGGUGAAGAUAAGGGUUGUAUUGAUAUUGAUGAAUGCUUGGAAGGAGACGUUUGUACUUCACAAGAGUUUUGUAUUAAUAAUGAAGGUUCAUAUUCUUGUUUGAGUUGUGAUCAAUCAUGUAAAGACUGCUAUGGUGAUGGAAAUGAUAUGUGUUAUAAUUGUGCUCCAGGAUAUUACAUGAAGAAUCAGAAAUGCAUAGAGAACACCGAAUGGACGAGCUCUGAUCAGUCCCGUUACUUAACAUAUGUUGGUUUAGGAUUAGCAACCAUCAUUAUUUUCAUAAUGAAUACAACUAUUGCAAGUAUUGUUGGAGUAUUUAUAGCAGUGUAUAUAAUGGUAGCUGAAUAUAUUAUGAGUGAAUUAUAUAAGCAAUGAUGUUUACAUAAAUAU